GCAAUAGCGCUGUGACAGUUGCUCGUGGCGCCUCAGACGGUGCGAUACAAAAACCGGCGAUUUCUUCCCAUUCAACUUCACCUGUUAGUGGCAAACGCUUUUUGUUUUUGUACUUUUGCAACCAGUAUUCGAGCGGAAGCAGAGAGUGGAAGUGCGAGAGUGCAUGUGUGCGGAUUGUCUUGUGUUUAUUUGAUAACUUGCCUUUUAUUGUUUCACACGUUACGACGUGGUGUCUAAUACCAAUAAUAAUUUAUUAUCAUUUUUAUCAAAAUCCAAAAGUGCUAAAUUUUCGCUAGCAACGUGAUAAGAAAUUUACGAAAGAAAUUGAAUCGAUAAUUGCCCUGACCGGUGAACUAAGUAAAAGAGAAAGAGAAACCACCGCGCGAAAAACAAUUAGCUGUCAACUAUACUUAUCGUUCUAACACUUGAAUUUUUUUUGAUAACAUUAGCAAGCCGAAUAAUUCACCCAGAAGUCAGUGCAGAAUGUAGCUUCGGUUUACCAACAACUAUCAUAGAAAGUUGCUGCAAAAUUAUUUAUUAAAUUCAUUUAAACGCUGCUCACUUACACAGGAUAUACUUUUAGGCGCACACUACCGCAACGUCAUCCACAAAUGAAUCCCAUAAGCGACGAUGCAGCGCCAAUUCUACGACCGCUUGGGCCCACUUUACAGAAAAUCGCCUGCGAGGAGCUGAAUGAGGUGCCCAAUCGUGUGGCGGACGAUGUGCUGGCGCUGCGUCAAUGGAUACACAAACAACCACAUUUGUGUGCGCGCACCAAUGAUCAGUUUCUCGUCGGCUUUCUGCGCGGCUCCAAGAAUAGUUUGGAAAAGGCGAAGCAGAAAAUCGAUCGUUACUACACAUUGAAGGCAGCCUUGCCGGAGGUGUUCAAUGAGCGACGACAGGUCGACGAUCCGCUAGUGAUGGAAAUUGUACGCCUAGGCAUCAUCUUACAGAUACCGGUGCCCGCCGACUACCAUGGCCCCUGCAUAACGAUCAUACGCGCAUGCUCGUACGACACCACCAAAUACAAGUUCGCCGAUAUUAUACGCGUCGGUUCGAUGUUUGGCGAAAUUAUGACAAUCGAGGAUGACAAUUCCACAGUUAGCGGCUAUAUUGAGAUUAUGGAUAUGUCUAAUGUGAGCGGUCAGCAUUUUCUGCAAUUGAAACCGGAUUUGCUGCGCAAGUUCUCGACCUUCGCUGAGGAGGCAAUGCCAAUGCGUCAACGUGGCACACAUUUUAUUAAUGUACCGACGGCGUUUGAGAAGGGCUUCCGGACACUAAGCACUUUCUUUCCGGAGAAAAUGCUCAGUCGGAUUUCAGUCAACUCUAAUCCCGAAGCGUUGUUCGAAUUCCUGCCACGCGAACAUUUGCCGCAGGAGUAUGGCGGUGAGAAUGGCACCAUAGCCGAUAUUGUGGAGCGCAUGGAAGCGAAAUUGUUGCGUUAUCGCGACUACUUUUUGCAGGAACCGGAAUUCGGCACUAAUGAGAAGUUGCGCGAGGGCGCGCUCUAUAAUUAUGAGAACAUUUUCGGGCUGGUGGGUUCAUUCCGUAAAUUAGAAGUCGAUUAGCCACAAGCUACUUUUAUUCUUUUUUGUAUUUUUUCUUUGACAUUUGCUGUUUUUACAAAUAUACAAAAUAUAAAUUUAUAUUUAAUAGAGAUUAUGUCUGGAUACUCCCAGUGAAUGUUUGAUAAAUUAUCGAUUUUUAAGUGAGUUAAAGUAACAAUCGUGUCAAGAUAAAAAAAUUUUAAGUAAAAUUAAUCAAAAGAAUUAUUAAAACCAAUUAGCGAAAUUAUAAAAAA